AUGAACACAAAAAGUGGCGACCAACUGAAACUUUCAGUUGAAACAGAUAACAUAGAUCUCCUGUAUGAAGUAAUUCAAGAUGACCCAUCUAUUUUGGAAAUCAUUGAUAAAAACCAAUUUGUAGAUACUCCUUUGCAUAUCGCUGCAUCUAUGGGUCAUCUCGAGUUUGCAACUGAAAUUAUGAAUUUGAAACCUUCAUUUGCUAUGAAGCUAAAUUUGCAAGGACACAGUCCCAUUCAUCUUGCUAUGGACAACCUCGCUCAUCUUACAGAGAGCCUCAGGAAGAAAGGCUUGACUCCACUUCAUAUUGCAUGUCAAAAUGGCGAGGUUGACCUUUUGCCUGAAUUUCUCAAUGCUUGUCCGGAUUCCAUUGAGGAUGUAACUGCGAGAGGUGAAUCUGCAUUGCAUAUUGUUGUUAUCAAUCAUCAGUUUAAGGCCCUUCAAGAUGACCCAUCUAUUUUGGAAAACAUAGAUAAAAACCAUUUUGUAGAAACUCCUUUGCAUAUUGCUGCAUCUAGGGGUCAUCUCGAGUUUGCCGUUGAAAUUAUGAAUUUGAAAUUUUCAUUUGCUACGAGCUAA